UGUUUAUAUAUAGUACUUUUUGUUGCGUUAAGAUUAGUCAGUCGCGUACAUAACAAUUGAAGGGGACUUUCUAAAAAUUUAGCAUCAUUUCGCGGAUUACUUUUAGAUUUCAGCUUAAAAAAUAUAGUAUAAUGAGUGGCGGCAAACAUUUAGCUAAAGGCUCACCCAAGCCCGAACUACCCGACGAUGGCGUACUUCGCUUGUUUUCCAUGCGUUUUUGUCCUUAUGCUCAUCGUGCGCAUUUAGUACUAAAUGCUAAAAACAUACCAUAUCACGCAAUAUUUAUUAAUCUCACCGAGAAACCGGAAUGGCUCACUGAAUUCAGUCCAUUGGGUAAAGUGCCGGCACUACAGCUACCCAAAGAAGAAGGCAAUCCCGCGCUAAUUGAGUCACUAAUCGUUGCUGAAUAUCUUGAUGAGAAAUAUCCCGAGCUACCACUUUUCCCCAAAGAUCCACUAAAGAAAGCACAGGAUAAGAUACUCAUUGAGAGAUUCAACUCUGUAGUGGGUGCCUUGUACAAAGUGUUUCUUGGUAGCAGUGAAGCAGUACCCGCUGCACUAACUGACAUAGCAAAUGGUUUGGAUAUCUUUGAGCAAGAGUUAAGCGAGCGUGGUACACCAUACUUUGGUGGCGAUAAACCCGGCAUGUUGGACUAUAUGAUUUGGCCAUGGUUGGAACGUUCGCAAAUGUUGAAAUAUUUGCUACCGGAGAAAUAUGAAUUGGAUAAAGAGCGCUUUGGCAAGCUUAUUGCAUGGCGCGACUUGAUGGUCAACGAUCCCGCUGUAAAGGGUCAUUAUUUGGAUGGUGAAACACAUGCCAAGUUUAUGAAAGCGCGCCGUGAAAAUACGCACGAUUAUAAUAUGCUUGUUGUGUAAGACGGUGCAUUGAGUGCAUACAACUUGCGUUGCCUUACUAUCAAUAUAUCAUUGAAUGCAACAACGAUUGUGACCGCAGAGAUUCGACAUAAUUAGAUUUAUUUUAUUGUAUUCCGGCCAACUCUUAUUUGUAUUAUGUAUGUAUGUAUGUGUUAAUGAUUGGAAUGUGAAUUAAAAAUGUAUAAAUUGAUAUGAAAUAUGAAAGUAUUAAAAAACACGGAAUAAUAACUCAAAUAACGCAUACGUACAUAUGUAAAGAUAUGUAACGAAGCUGUAUUUAUAGAUAUCUACAUACUUAUGUACAUAUUUACAUAUGAACGUAAGUAUGUUUGCUUAGGUCGGGAUCUUAUUCAAGCAAUGCUAAAUUAGUAAAUUUUUUAAAAUUUUAAACAAAUUUGCAAUAUUUUAUAACCUCAAUUGUUAUGUAAAACUAUAAAUAAACAUUUAAUAAAUUAACUGUAUAAUGAAAAUACAUAAAUAUAUAGGAAUUUAAAUUUAGUACGCUA